GGGAGGGCAGGAUUUGGGGCGGGGGGGGGAUGAAAGGAAAGUAGGGGAGUGCUCCCCCCUCCCUUCUGUGGAAGGGCUGAGACUUGAACCGAGCACCGAGGCCCCAGUUCCGCGCUUCUCUGCGAGUUCUGGGUUCUCCCUGGCAGGAAUCCCUGGGGCGCCGCGAUCCUGGUUCCGCGCGGGUGCCGAGGCGUGCCUUAAUGGGUCCCCUUAAUGGAGAAUCAGAGAGAGGGAGUCCAUGGAAGGGUUAAAGGAGGCGAGAGAGGCCUGGAUAGAGACCCCACUCUGUCUCCCUCAUCUCCCACUCUUCUUGCGAGGCCCCUCUGGAUGGGGAGGUGGGAGCGCUUGGGAGCAAUUGGCACGAAGGGUGAGCCGGCCAGGGGGGCCUCUGGGCAAAGGAGACCCUCAGGGACGGAGGGAGGAGGGCGGAGGAAGUUAGGGGGCUGAGGGAGGAAGGGAAGCCUCCCCGGGGGAUGAAUCGAAGCCAUCUUGGAGAAAGAGAGAGAGACUUUUUGGCUGCCUGCCUUGACUUCUCCCUCCUGCCCAGGAAUCUGCUUCGAGUCAACCAGGGAGAGAUCCCUGAACAGGAGGCCCGAUCUACCCACCCUCUCCUCCCUUGAAGCUCAGUUCUUGCCCUGCCAUAAGUCCCAGAUCAGCUGCUGCAUUGGGCGCUGGGGCCUGUUGAGUCCAACCAUUGGAAAGAGGAAAGGGAGGAAGCCCACUUUAUUAUUUCCCAUAUGCCUGUGUUUCUGUGGAGAAGCAUUGAAAGGGUUCCUACCCAGACAUAUAACUGUGCCCCACUCCUUCUCUCCAUUCCCACUAUAUCAGAUCUCUUAAUUCUGUGGGAUUUAAGGGAUUGGGAAGAUUGUUAUGGAAAUUAGUGGGGUUCCUCCCUCCCCCCAGCCUGUGUAAUUAUUACUACAACUUAUUUAUUUAUUUAUUGAAUCUAUUAGUUGCUUUCUGUUGCUCAGGGCAGCCCAAAGUGACUUACAACCAGUUGUGUUGUUGUUGUUGUUGUUGUUGUUGUUGUUGUUGUUGUUGUUGUUGUUGUUGUUGUUGUUGUUGUUGUUGUUGUUGUUGUGUUCCAGAGUUACACUCCAAGGUCUUCUUUGUUAUGUUUCCUGUGUUUUGGAGGGCAGAGAGAAGGCUGUUCUCAGGGCCUGCUCCACCAUGAGGGAGACUGAGGCAGCCCCCUGAGGCAGCAGAUGCAGAGAGGGGCAAGGAAGGGACUGAGCUGAGUGCCAUUUGGCCUGGCCUGAUUUAACUCUCUAUUCUCUUAUGCAGUGGAAGGUGCUGUCCCAUUGCCAGACACAAUACAGCAGCCUCCGGAAGUAAAUGGUGCUGGAUGAAUUGGGAAUAUGUGCAGUUGGACUAUAUCAGGAAGAUCUUGGAGAUCACGGAAGAAGGAGGAAAUGAAAUACUAAUAUUCAGCAUUUUCAGAAGAGGGGGAAGAAGGGGAAAGUGCAUCCCAUUAGAAAACAAAUAGGAUUUUCUCCCCCUCCCCCCGGUUGAAAGAAGACAAUGGAGAAGGCAGUCAGAAUUCUGUGGGGCCAUGUCCAAUGGGAAUAACGAUGAAACCAUAUAAAUACAUGGAGUGUGAAAAGAGAGAGGAUAAACAAUUUGAAAGUAUGGAGUGUGGAAAGAGCUUCAGCCAGAGUGAAAAAAUUAGAAUUCAUCAACGGACUCACACAGGAGAGAAACCAUUUAAAUGCAAGGAGUGUGGAAAGAGCUUCAUUGACAGUGAAAAACUUAGAAUUCAUCAGCAGACUCACACGGGGGAGAAACCAUUUAAGUGCAUAGAAUGUGGAAAGUGCUUCACUUAUAGUAGAAACCUUAGAAUUCAUCAACAGACUCACACGGGGGAGAAACCAUUUAAAUGUAUGGAGUGUGGAAAGAGCUACAGUCAGAGUGGACACCUUAGAAUUCAUCAACGGACUCACACAGGGGAGAAACCAUUUAAAUGUAUGGAGUGUGGAAAGAGCUACAGUCAGAGUGGAGAGCUUAGAAUUCAUCAACGGACCCACACUGGGGAGAAACCAUUUAAAUGCAUGGAGUGUGGAAAGAGCUUCAGUAAAAGUGGAAAUCUUAGAAUUCAUCAACGGACUCACACGGGGGAGAAACCAUUUAAAUGCAUAGAAUGUGGAAAGCGCUUCACUGAGAGUGGACACCUUAGAAUUCAUCAACAGACUCACACGGGGGAGAAACCAUUUAAAUGUAUGGAGUGUGGAAAGAGCUGCAGUCAGAGUGGACACCUUAGAAUUCAUCAACGGACUCACACAGGGGAGAAACCAUUUAAAUGUAUGGAGUGUGGAAAGAGCUACAGUCAGAGUGGAGAGCUUAGAAUUCAUCAACGGACCCACACUGGGGAGAAACCAUUUAAAUGUAUGGAGUGUGGAAAGAGCUACAGUCAGAGUGGAGAGCUUAGAAUUCAUCAACGGACCCACACUGGGGAGAAACCAUUUAAAUGCAUGGAGUGUGGAAAGAGCUUCAGUAAAAGUGGAAAUCUUAGAAUUCAUCAACGGACUCACACGGGGGAGAAACCAUUUAAAUGCAUAGAAUGUGGAAAGCGCUUCACUGAGAGUGGACACCUUAGAAUUCAUCAACGGACUCACACGGGGGAGAAACCAUUUAAAUGUAUGGAGUGUGGAAAGAGCUACAGUCAGAGUGGAGAGCUUAGAAUUCAUCAACGGACCCACACUGGGGAGAAACCAUUUAAAUGCAUGGAGUGUGGAAAGAGCUACAGUCAGAGUGGAAAUCUUAGAAUUCAUCAACGGACUCACACGGGGGAGAAACCAUUUAAAUGCAUAGAAUGUGGAAAGCGCUUCACUGAGAGUGGACACCUUAGAAUUCAUCAACGGACUCACACGGGGGAGAAACCAUUUAAAUGUAUGGAGUGUGGAAAGAGCUAUAGUCAGAGUGGAGAGCUUAGAAUUCAUCAGCGGACUCACACAGGAGAGAAACCAUUUAAAUGCAAGGACUGUGGAAAGAGCUUCAUUGACAGUGGACACCUUAGAAUUCAUCAGCGGACUCACACGGGGGAGAAACCAUUUAAAUGUAUGGAGUGUGGAAAGAGCUACAGUCAGAGUGGAGAGCUUAGAAUUCAUCAACGGACCCACACUGGGGAGAAACCAUUUAAAUGUUUGGAGUGUGGAAAGAGCUAUAGUCAGAGUGGAGGGCUUAGAAUUCAUCAACGGACCCACACUGGGGAGAAACCAUUUAAAUGUAUGGAGUGUGGAAAGAGCUACAGUCAGAGUGGACACCUUAGAAUUCAUCAACGGACUCACACGGGGGAGAAACCAUUUAAAUGUAUGGAGUGUGGAAAGAGCUAUAGUCAGAGUGGAGAGCUUAGAAUUCAUCAACGGACCCACACUGGGGAGAAACCAUUUAAAUGUUUGGAGUGUGGAAAGAGCUAUAGUCAGAGUGGAGGGCUUAGAAUUCAUCAGCGGACUCACACAGGAGAGAAACCAUUUAAAUGCAAGGAGUGUGGAAAGAGCUUCAUUGACAGUGGAAAACUUAGAAUUCAUCAACGGACUCACACGGGGGUUGUUGUUGUUGUUUAGUCGUGUCCGACUCUUCGUGACCCCAUGGACCUUAGCAGGCAGGUCCCAAACCUUUGAGUGCUAAGGGUCAACUUCCACCCAAUCUACCAGCUGCCCCAAAGCAGGAGCCACCCCUGGGCACUGAGGGUGGAAAGCCUCCCUCCACCUUUGCAACUGGACAUGCUCCUAGGGCAGCAAUGGCGAACCUUUUAGAGACCGAGUACCCAAACUUCAAUGCAAAACCCACUUAUUUAUCAUAAAGUGCCAACACAGCAAUUUAAACUGUCUAUCUAUUUUUUCUGUGUGUUUCACUUUUUUUCUUUUUGACUGCUGUUGUACUGCUGCAGUGAGGCUCCUCACGGGGUCCCUGCCAUGGGAGUAUAUUCACCCAGUGCUUUUCCAGCUGCACUGGCUCCCGGGUCAGAUUUAAGGGGCUGGUUUUGACCUUUAAAGCCCUUUACGGCCUAGGACCCUUAUGGGACCGUCUCUCCCAGUAUGCCCCACAGAGGACAUUAAGGUCCAUAAAUAGUAACACCUUAGAGGUCCCGGGCCCGAAGGAAAUCAGAUUAGCCUCAACUAGAACCAGGGCCUUUUCAACACUGGCUCCGACCUGAUGGAAUGGUCUAUCUCCUGAGACCAGUUCAAAUAAAGUUCAAAUUGGGAAAAAUAAAUACAGUAGUACAGUUUAUUUCUCAAACUACUUGGAACCUGAACACUUCAAACCCGGAAAUGAGUGUUCUGGUUUUGGAACUUUUUUUGGAAGCCAAACAUGCUCUGUUCUGAGCAUAACUUCGGUUUUGAGUGCCACACUUCCGUUUUCCUUGUGAGGGAAGGCGGGACAGGCGACAAGCGACCAACCAAGGGAUGUUGCCCCCACCCCCCCAGCCUGUUCCUGCUGCAGGCAAGUAGGAGUGGGAUCAGGCUGCUCCUCUAGGCAGCGUUGCUGCUUGCACGGGAACAGGAGCUGGAUUGGGGCUACUGAGCUGGGGAGCUGCAUGCUCAGUUACACUUUCCAUUAAGGGGUUUGCGGCUGCAAACACUUUCCAUUAAGGGGGAAGUUUAAGGGAGCCCCCACCUCCGCAUCAGAUCCCCUGCAACCCCAUGAAGGCAGCCAGGCUGAAUAGUUGCUGGGGUUGGGGAAGGUGGAGGCAGCCCGGAAGCUGCAUCUGAGAGCUGCCUGCUCCAGCUCCUACUUGCAUGCCAGCAGGAGUGGAGGCGGGGAUCUCUCAGUGUGAAGCCUCCACGUCUGAGAGACCCCCGCCCUGCUCCUGAACAGGGCUGCCUUCAGAGGUCUUCCAAAAGUUAUGUCAUUCUUUCUCUCUUUGACAUCUGAUGGGGGCAUGUGUUCCACAGGGAGGGUGCCACUACUGAGAAGGCCCUCUGCCUGGUACUCUGUAAAUGUGAGGGAACUGCCAGAAGACCCUCGGAAGUGGACCUCAGUGUCCAGGCUAAAUGAUGGGGGAAUUUUCUUUUCCUUGCAUUAGAUGGAUGUUGAAACAAGGUGUAAUUGACGAGGACGUGUAGAUUUCUGCCCAACGCCACUCCUCUUCUGUGACAUACCUGUGAUGUUUUGAUGACACUGUGAGAAAUGUGUUGUGGGAACUUUUAAAAACUCAUGUAAUCUUUGUUCUGGGAAUUUUCUUUUUUGCUCUCCUUAAGAGAUGGAGACCUUAGUUGCAACAAAUAAAUGAUUCUGGCCAUUGA